AACAAUAAAAAAAAAAGAAGAAAAGAAAACAACAUUUCGUUAAUAACUUUGUUGUUGUAUUUCCAUUUCUAUUCUUUUUAUUUUUAUACAUUAGUUUAUCUCAUCUUUAUCAUAAUACGAAUAAUUUUAAAAUGUUUUUGUUGAGUUUUCGUGCAUUGCGUUUAUUGUUAAAAAAAAAAAAAAGCGCAAAAAAAAAUUAUUUAUUUAUUUUUAUUUUUAAAUCCGUUGAGACGGUUACUGCAUGCGUACAAAAAAGUUUAAUUUUCAUAAACUUAAAUUUAGGAUGAAUUAGGUUGCUUUGUCAGUCUUUGAAGAAAAAAUACAAAGAGUUUGAUCAUAAGUCUUUUCUCUGAUAGAGUCACGCUACUCUUUAAAUUCGUAUAUUUGCACUGUCGUUAAGUAUGCAUAUUCUUGGGCAAAGUAACUCGAGUUAGAUCUGCUUGUUGCUUUGCAAAAUAAGUAAGUAAGAGUAGUAGCAGAGUGAUAUUGCUAAGGUUACUUCCUAUAUCCCAGUUAAUCUCUAAAUAAGAAGAAGAAAUGUAAAUAACGAAGUGAUUUGAUCAUCAAAAGACCUAAACAGAUUACAACAAUCCACAACGAGUAAGAACGUUAUACAUAACUUUGAAUCGAUUGCGGGCAGGCAUGACUUCGGGAUCACUUCUCUAAGAUCGGUGUUGAUGAUAUAAUAAAAUGAGUCAAUAUGAUAAGAUGAUAAAUUCACAAUUUAUUACCGACUAUAGCGGUCAGUUAAUGAUGAGAGCAGCACCUCAAAGGACAGCAACAGCAACAACAACAACCACAACUACAACAACAUUUUAUAAACGUAACAGAGAUAGCGAUGGUGAAAAUAAGACUGAAAGCUUACGACUUGGUUCAGUUGCAGAUCAGCAUCAGUUUCCGGAUAAUGAAGAACCAAAUAUAUUGGGUCACGGUUUAACAGCGGACUUUGCAGCGAGCAAUAAUCAAAGCACUUAUCAAAAAUGUUGUUUAUCGUCGUUGAAAUCAAAAAAUUCUGCUGAUGAUUAUCAUAAAUAUAAUAAAUGCAAAAUGUUAUUAAAUUUCGAAGAUGCACCAGAUCAUUUAAAAUUUAAUCCCUACAUAAGAAGCGGUUAUCGUACAUUCCUCUCGACCAAAUUAUGCCUUCAAAGUAUGUUUUGGUGGACAAAUGAAACGAUUAACAUAUGGAGUCAUUUGGUUGGCUGUCUAUUGUUUAUCGGUCUAACAAUAUUCGAUAUUCAGCUUAUGAAACUCCACACCGAACUAAGCGAUCAAAUUCUCGUGGUUUGUUUACUGAUCUGCUUUUGCCUAUGCAUGUUGUUGUCAUCUAUAUAUCAUAUAUUUUCUUGUAAAUCGGAAGAACAUUAUGAAUUAUUUUUAUCGGUCGACUAUUUGGGCAUUUCGCUCUCUUUGGUGGCGAUUUACAUAAGCAGCAUGUACUAUGCUUUCUGGUGUUUUACGACUCUUAGAUUAGUUUACUCUGUGAUUGUUUUGGCGAUGUUUUGCUUGGCUAUGGCGGCACAAAUUCCUAAACUGAAUGUUUCCUUAAAUGCCAAAAUUGCGGUUCUCUUCAUUUGGGCCGCCUAUGGCGUUAUACCGUUCUUGCAUUGGACUAUUAUGAUGGGUGGAUUGGAAAACGAAUUAGUAAGGCUUAUGGUACCUCGUGUCAUCAUCAUGUAUGCCUUAUGUUUUAUAGCUUUUGUGAUAUAUGCUGCCAAGAUUCCCGAACGAUGGCUGACCGGUAAAGUGGACUUUUUCGGUCAUUCACAUAACUGGUGGCAUUUGUUCAUUCUGGCCGCUUUCUAUCAUUGGCAUAACACAGGCUUAGUUUAUGCUGAAUAUCGUAUAAAUAACGGUUGCCAUGGACCCAUUUUAACAUGAAAAUCAACCCAAAUACAUUAUAGGAUUUUAAACCAAAAUUGCCUCAAUGAAACAAUUAAAAAAAUUCAAUUGAAAAUCUUUAACUAUAUAUAGUCUUCUGCUCACUUGAAUAAGAGAACAGAAGGAAUCAGUAGAAUAUUUAAGAACUUUCUCCUUGUUAAAGCAACAACGAGUGACCACCGGAUAUAGUGAGUUUCGGUUAGCACUUAAACUUGACAUAUUCAUAUAUGCGUACGUGUACGUUAACCACCAAGGGACAGAGUGAAAUAGGCUGAAAUACAAAGAUAAACU